AUGGCAAGAAGUCAGCAAAUCGCCGCGAGGCCUCCCGAAAAAGGCGCACAAGCCCACUGUCCGAAGAGUCCAGGCUCCAUUUUGCGGAACAAACACGAAACGCCGCCAGAAAAGUUCAAGUCGCCCGGGGAAAGAAAUUUACAAGUGUUAAAUGUCGAACGCUUUUUGGCAAUGUGAGAGAGGGGAAAUGCGUGCUGGCCGGCAUUCGACACGAAUCCAAUGCGGAAACGGUGGACAAAUGAACCCCAGGUUGGAUUAUACACAGGAAUAAAUAUUUCUGUCGAGUUGGAAGGAGUGAAACAAAAGACUUAG